GUGUGUUGAUCGUCGUUAUUCGGUAGGUUCAUCACUUUGCUGUUAAACAUUUUCUUUCUGUCAAACGUAUUCAUUGGCUGUGUUUGCCGCAACUGUUCGAAUUAGAUUUUCUAUUGGGAUUUCUCUGGGAUAAAAGCAAUAAAAAUGAAAAGCAAUUUCCUGAUUUUAUUGCUGGUAGUGCCAGCACUAAUUUGCACAUUUCAUGCCCCACAUAGAUUUGCGGCGUUCGCUGAAGGCUCGGCAGAGGAUGACCUCGUAGAUGUAGAAGGUGAAGAUGGUGCCGUGACCGGUGAUGAUGCUGAGAAUGAGGAAGAUGCUGAUGCUAGUGUGACCACGUCGCCUUAUGCUGACACUUAUCUGCUUUUCACAAAACCUUUAUAUACGGCUGGUCAACAAUUGGAUUUACCUGGUGGUAAACCCGUUGAAUUCCUUAUCGGUUUCACAAAUAAAGGCAAAAAUGAAUUUGUUAUCGAGACUGUGGAAGCAUCUUUCCGUUACCCUAUGGAUUUCAACUAUCACAUUCAGAACUUCUCAGCUGUUGCAUACAAUCGUGAAGUGAAACCAGGCUCCGAAGCUACUGUUGCAUAUUCGUUCAUGCCAUCAGACACAUUUGCUGGCCGUCCUUUCGGUUUAAAUAUUGCCUUGAAUUAUCGUGAUGGUGCCGGAGCUCAAUUCACUGAAGCUGUUUUCAAUGAAACUGUUUUGAUCUCUGAGGUCGAUGAAGGUCUUGACGGCGAAACUUUCUUCUUGUAUGUGCUGUUAGCUGGCAUUGUUGUCUUGUUGUUGGUUAUUGGUCAGCAAUACCUUUUGGGCUCAUCUGGCAAGAGGAAGCGUGCUGCUGCUAAAAAGACCAUUGAAACUGGUACCGCCAAUGACAGCAACAUCGAAUAUGAAUGGCUGCCACAAGAAACUUUGCGAGUGCUGCAACAAUCACCCAAAUCAAAGACACCAAAAACAUCGCCAAAACCAGGCAAACAAAGCAGCCCCAAACAGCGAAAAGUGAAACGCGGUGAUGAUUAAACUAUGACUGUGGUCGCAUCACAGUAAAAACAACAAAUUCACCUCAAAUGUAAACGCAUAAUCGCCUUACGCGCUUGAAAAUCAUAUUUUUUUCAUUUACAUUGUUUCUAUUAUUUUUAUAUGCGACAUUUGAGAAUUAUUAGAUUUCGAUAAAUACAAGUUAUUUUUAAGUCUGAAUAGUACUCUAAAACUCCUCCCAUUACAAGCGGUAUUGUAUUGAUGUGCGUUGCAGUGCAGUGUUGGUGUUAUAUUUGUUUUAUAUUUUUUUAAAACGUGCCAAACGCGUGUGCUGCAACGCCGUCAAAUGAUACCGACCAACAACAUUUCAUGUAGCUGAGAAAUUUGUAUUAAGUUCAAAUUAGUUACCAUCAACAUAUUGUGUAAAAUGAUGUGGACUUAAUGUUGAAAAUUUUCUACAAAACAUGCAGCAUUUACGAUCAGCUCGCAACUUAUAGUUUCGUAUUAGAGAUUUUGUUAGAACACAGACACACAAACUUGUUUAAAUGUUUUUUUUUUUUGCUUAUCCAUCUUCAUUUUCGUAUCAAAAAGAUUGUAUGAGCUUUCGUUUUUGGUGCAUUGGAAUUGCUAAUGUCUGAUUUUUCUAUUUGUAAUUAGAAAAUGUUCAUUAACGAAACUAAUUUAUAAAAUAAAAAAUAAAAUCAAUAAAAAACGA